AUGGGUGCAAACAAUAAUCAAGAUGAUGAGGAAGAUAAAGAGUUAAAGCAAAUCUGGUCAUUAUUUCAAGAUUCACCAGAAGAUAUUCAGGAGAGAAGAAAAAAUAUUACGAAAGUUAUACAAGAUAAUACAACUUCAGUAUAUCCAACACAAAUAUCGAUAUUUACUGCCUUAGAUGAGUUAAUAGCAUGUUUCUCACUUGGUGGUCAAGUUAAAAACUAUUAUAGAUAUGGAAAUUAUGAUGUGUGUAAGAGACAACGAGAAAAAUUCUGGUUUGCUAUUAAAAAUGGAGGCUUUUCUGAACUGAAUGAUAAUGUAGACUUUAGUAAAUUAUCAUCGAAAGAUUUAUCCAAGUAUACUAAAAUUCAAGAUUUCUACAAGAAUAGGGUAUUGGAAGAUAAGGCAUUAGGAAGCUCUGAGGAUAUAUGGGAUGAAAGAAAAGAAUUAUUGGGAGAUCCGUUUAAAAAAUAG